AACAAUGACUAUUUAAAGUCGUCGAAUUUAUCUCAAAAUUCAUUAGUCGUAAUUCUUUUAUUAAUGCAAAUAGUAUAAUUUUAUAUAAAAAUUUAUUUAUUAUAUCGAUUUUUAAGAAUUGUGAAAAAAAUGAAUUACAAGAUUAUUGCUGUGCUUUUUAUUGUUUACUUAAUGACAAUGCCAGAAUUGUCUCUUUCCCAAAGAACUUGUAGACAACCUAUAGAUGGAGGACCAUGUACCGAACGUAUUGAACGAUGGGCAUACUACCGUAUUGCAAACAGAUGUAUAAUAUUUUUUUAUGGUGGAUGUAUGGGUAAUUCUAAUAAUUUUCCAACUGAAGAAGAGUGUAAAAGAAAAUGCGUUCGUCGUUGAAAAUAAAAAAAUGUUUUUUUUAAUUAAUUUAAGAAAAAAGACUAAUGAUUUUUAAUUUGCAAACAGAUGUAACUAAAAUUUUAGAUAAACUGACAACGUCAAUUGUCGCGAAUAGAAAAAUAGAAAAUAUAAACUCAAAUAGUUUAUAAUAAAAAAUUUUUUAGUUAAAAAUUAAAAACUUAAAACAUC